AAUGCAAACCAGCCCUUUAUAUUACGAUAACGUAUUUGCUGAUCUUGCCUGCUACUUUAAUGGUGACAACAACGAUUUCAGCAAUUUCCCUAUGCUCACUAGCAAAGACAGCAUCAAAUCGCUGAGAAAUGAUUUUUACCAAAACAACAAAGAAAAUUGUAAGACGGCCGUUGUCAGCCCUAUACUUCCAUCCUGAGGAUCAGAGUUCUUUACAACAAGUCUGAGAAAUACGAAAAUACUUCCUACAAAUCCUAGGAUCACCCAGCAAGCUGAGAUCCGGUCUUCUACUAUGACCUUACUCUUUAAAGAUAAUGAGCAGAAUGAGCUUACUAGAGAAUUUUCUGACAAGAAGGAGAAAAAAGUUUCAAUACUUCCCAAGAAAUCAUCCCCAAAGCAAAAGAAGAGUCCUAAAAUGAGAGGAAGGCUUGAUAUAAAGAAGAAGAAAGCACUUCGUGACGUUAGGAAGUUCUACAAAGACUCUUUCAAGUCUAAAAAUGUAGAAAUUAUGAAACAAAGAUAUAUAAACUGAAGCUUCGAAAUGAUAUUCGAAGGAACUCAAUGGACACUGAUGGACGCCAUCCCCCAAGAAUUCGUCACAGAUGAGCUAGUAUACUACACUAUUGGAAUUCUUGGAAUCAAGAAAUUAUCUGAGAUAAAUUGAAGCAAUAAACUCAAGAACGAAAUUUCUCAGUACUUCGAAGCUGUUAGAAGGUUUACACUCAGAAGUUUCAACUUCACAAUAAAAUCCGAUAAUUUUGUAACUCUCUGAAGAUUUUUGCCUCAAAACAAAGAACAAACUACAAGGAUGAUCAGUGAUGCAUCUGAGAAAUCAUCUUCGAAGAGAUAGACUAUGCACACAUUUAUCCAUGAUAAAUAUUUCCUGUAAAAAGAGUCUCUCAAGCUAAUGACUUAUAUUGAUAAAAAUUU